AUGGAGCGCUUGCCCACGGGCGCAGCAGGUGGUGACGCCGCCGAAACCGCGGCAGUGCCACCGGGCAUCACUGUUGGUGGCCGCCCGCCCAGUCGGGCUUCCACGUCCACGGCGUCCCCGCCCCCGGUGGCCACCCAGCUGACCGACACACAGCUGCUGCAGCUCUCGCUUCGCAACGCCGUCGCAUCGGCGGCCGCCGGCAAGGCGACCGUUGCCGCGAACAACUACGCUCUCGUCAUCAAGAUCAUCUUCCGCAAGUGCUUCCUGCUGGAGGAGCUCGUGUUGCUGGCGCUCGCGAUGGGCUACGAGACUCGCAAAGUCGCUCAUACCGCUCCCCCUCACAUCGCCGGCGAUGACGGCCGUAAAAGUAGCGGCCCCGGCGGCGGCGCUGCAGGCACUGGCCCGCACGACUGUCCGCUCUCCGCUGGUGCAGCACACGAGCAGCUGGUGGAUCCGCUGGUAAGCGUGGGCACGCUUCUGCCGCCUGGCUUGGACGAAGAUGACUACGAAGGGGAGUGCACGUACUCUGAACAAAAGGAGCAACGUGAACAGCAGCAGCGGCAUCAGCACGUCUGGACAACACCAGCGGCGCGGGACGGCGCCAGCAUCGCCUCAACGGUGUCGUCGGCCAGGCCUACAGCACACGACUCGACGCCAGGGUACGACACCGCAACCGCACGGUGGCUUGCCUGCCUGCUCGCCAAGGUGCACCCAGACGCGCUGCCGAUCGCCACACUGGAGAAGAUCUGCAAAGUACCCCUGACCGGCUCACCUAACGCGGCAGCAUCAUCACCUGCACGCGGCGGGGCAGCUGCUCGUCGGCACGUCACGAGCACUACCUCCGCGGCCAGCAUUGGCCACUGGCCGUCUGCUACGGGAGCCAACGACUCCCCGUCGAUGAGCACCGUUGCUGUUCUGCCUCUGCUGCCCUCUCUCAAGUCGUCGCCGACCGCUUCGCCGCCCGGAGCGGCAUCACCGAUGCCCGCUGGCGGAAGAAGGGACAUGUCGACUGGCAGCCCGAACAGCAACGGCGACGCCGCCCCAUCGUUGGGGGCCGCUGCGCCCUUCUCCACCUCACUCUCGCUUCUGUUCGCGACCCUCCUCUGGGACGUCGCCUGCGCACUGUGGAACGAGGGCUUCAUCGAGGAUGCGCACCACUGGCUCUCCGUCAUGGACGUGCGACGGCUGUGGAAACUCUACGAAGACUUGUGCCGCGGUGGCGAGGCCGCUGCCGAUGGCUGCCAUGAGCAGCCGGCGGCGGCGGCGCCAUCGCCGUCAAGGCUCUUUGCCUUUAGAGAGCCCCCCGAGGAGAGCGUGAAGAGCGGCGACCGCGCCUGUGCGCUGAGCUGGCCGGCGGUGUUGGCAGAGAGCUGCGCCGCAGACGUGUCGCGGUCAUCAGCAGCGACGGAAAGCCCGUCGGGAGGCGCCGGCCAGACUAUCCACUCCAGUGGCGCGCAGCAGGAGCACGUCGUUUCCAGCACAGCUGUGCCACAACCUCGACAAGGGAUCCUGCUCUCCGCCCUUGCUCAGGUUGGCGGGCCGCUGCCCAUGACUGACUUGACCGCGUGCUUCACCGGCCCGGCAGAACUCGAGGUCGGCAACGCGGACAAGGAUGCGGUGACGGCUGCCACGCAGUCGAGGACGGAGGAGCGCAGUGUGGGCGACGACGCAGCAGCGAUGCAUGCAGAGACACGAACGGCUGCCCUCGCCACUUUUGUCCGCCGCCUCGCACGCCGCACGAGCGCGCUGCGUGACCUCUGCGGGUUCAUGAUCGCCUGCGAGACCGCCGAAGACGUUUUCUACGUCAUGUACGCCCUGAACAGCGCUCUCGUGACACAGCAGUGGAAGUACGGCCAGCAGCAGGAGCGGCAGCGAGCAGACGACGCAGCAGCUGCGGCCAGAGGGGCAGCCGCCACCACGGCCUCCACCACCGCGACUACGACUAACGGCGGGCUGUCUGAGCUGCUCAUCAUUGCGAACCUCCUCAUAGAACUCUUCAUAACGAAGCGGGCCCAGCAGCUGCUGUUGGAAGAGGGCGGACUGGACGAAUUCGCUUCUGGCAUCGCCGCCGCGCCGUCACCGCUGGCGGCGGACGGAGGUGGGGGUAGUGCGGAAGAUGCAUCGCGCAGGCUUUCACGUCAGCAGCAGCGGCGGCGCACCGACCGUGCCAUUCGCCGCGCGUGCGACGAGGUUGUCUGCGCCUUCACGAAUGGGCGGUGCCUCACCCUCUAUGCACUCGAAUCGUAUGGCAUCCCGCCCCCGUGCGACGGCGACAGCAGCACCGUGACGGUGCAACUGCUGGCACCUGAGCUACCCUUCGUUCUCGUGAGCAACCUACUGAGCAGCACGCUCAACUACUCCACUCGCUACCUCUUCAGCAAGGUGUAUCACGGUGUCAUGGGGUGCCGCGGCGUGGACGCGGCAGAGCGCCAUCAGGAGGCUGGGAUAGGCAGCCCAUCACCAUCAUCUUCGGCAGCAGCGGCCGCCGCCGCCGCCGCGUCCAUCCCGAGUCAUCCGAACCGCACACGACGCGCCACAGAUGAGGAGAAGGAACGCCGCCGCGCAUGGACGCGGCUGCCUGACGCAGCAGCAGCAGCGGCGCCGCAGAGGACACCACCGCUGCACGCACACGCUGCACCAACAUCGGCAUCCGCGACCAUCACAGCCUCCGUGCAGAGCGUCGCUGGCGAGCUCUUCGGCCUCAUGAAGAAAACGGCGGUGAACUGGCGCGACCUCGGCAACCGUGGUCACGCCGGUGUGGCCCCGCAGUCAUGCGGCGGUGGCAACUGCAACUACGACUGUAGGCAUCACCACCAGGACGUGCGACCGUCCUUCAGCAUGGCUGAUGCGCCCGGCGGUGAUCCGCUGCUGGGACGGGAAGGCGGUGACGGGUAUGCAGAGCGUCUCGCCGCCGCGCGCCGCGAGCAUCGCGCGGCGGCGGGGGACGGUGGCAGCAAAGAACGAGUGCAGCUCGGGGAGGCGACGCCGUGGUCGGCUGGAUCACCCGCAACGGUCACGAGCAACAACAGCAGCUUGGCGGACGCCCGCAGCACGACCGGCGCCUACCCCGGCAGGCCCGACGGCGACGCACCGUCUGUGUCGCUUCCGUGCCGGGCUGGUCGAAGCCGCGGGUGCGCGCUCAAGACGAGGGGGGUGGGUGCUGCGGAAAUGAUGCUGCCGUCCUCCUCGUCCAUCGCGGUGUCGCUCUUGGCUGAAGAGAACGAACUGACAGGCCUCGGCGACGCCGUCAGCGACCUCUACCUCGCCCCCGCAGCGCCUGCAAGCCAAGAAGAAGCACCACCGUCGGCGCCGCAACCGGCGGCCACGGUGGUGCACACGCCAGCCGCCCACCUCCAGAGCCGAUCCCCUAGCGAGGCCCUCAGCCUGCGGCUACUCGCACUGCUGUAUCGGUAUCCGCAGCUGCACACGCUGGAGCCGGUCACAGCGAGCCACGUUGACCUUGUAGGGAAGGAGCUGAACAAAGCCCUGCACAUCCUACAGACGGCGAUGCGGGAUCGGUUUGGCGAUGGGUGGUGGCUGCAGUGGCGCUCACGACGCGAGGGCGAGACGCAGCGCUACUACGCACGCGCUCUGACGGAUGCACAGCGCGGCGGCUACCCCCUGAGCUUGCCCGCCACGGCAUUGCCAUCGUCCCCCGCAAGGGCUGCAGGAGCAGCUGGCGCUGCGGUGGUACCACCGAGGACGAUAGGCAUGUCCGCGGUGCAGCCGGACCCGUCCCUGCUUCUUGUCGGUGCUCGGCCUUGGCACGCCUCCGUCGCGCAUGAGCAGGAUAAGGUGAAUGUGUGGGGGCUGGACGCGAGGGGGUGCAGUGGCGUACCCCCGCCAUCCGCGCCGCCACCGUCCUCGCGAGCACACACGGUUCUAUCCGACCUGUGGUGCACGCGCACCUUGACGAUACCGACGGAUGAGGAGCUGCGAAAGCCUGUUCAAGAUCUGAGGAGGCACUUUACGGGCACCACUACUGCGUCAGCCGCGUCCAGGGAAACGGCAACCGCUGCGACGGACACCGCGCCCGCGUCCGCGGCAGCGAUGCACGGAGACGUGCAGGCGGCUGGGAUGCUGCUCGAUGUAGACUGGGAUAUCCCGCCAGUCUACACACCCGAUGUCUCACUCGACUUCUCAGCCUUCACAACGACGUCGGUGGAAACGCAGGAGAGCACGCGGCAGCUCGUGGAGUCUCUGCAGCAGCGGGAGCAGGCGCGUGGCGACGACGGUGACGGCAGUGACAACGAUUACAGCUGUGACGAUGCCGCAGGUGCGCCCGGCGUGUCGGUGCUGUCGCGUGCGUGUCGGCGGCUGCUGCACAACGAGCUGCCAUUGCUGCAGCAGUACAGCCCAUGGCGCGUCAUCUACAGUACGCGGAUGCAUGGCGUCAGCCUAAGCACGCUCUUCUCCAACUGCCGCCGUGAGGUGGAGCGCCAGGGCCUCUCCGGCUACGCCGUCGACUCUGCAGUGACCACCACGCUGUCGGACUCCAAGCCGAUGCUGCUCGUUCUGGAGUUGCCGGCGUCGACAACGCUGCAAUUCUCCGAGGAUGACGCCGGCGUGCGAGAGGCUUGGGCCGACGCCGACACGUCCUCCUCUACAACUCGGCCGGAAGCACGCUGGCAAGCCGAUGAUGGCGGCCGCCGCCACCGUCGCCGCAACAAACUCUUCGUUGGUGCCUUCCUCUCCGACUUGCUGCGGCUCGAGUCGCGGCGGUACUACGGCAGUCAAGACUGUUUUGUGUUCCAGCUGCUCGUGCCUGGCACUGUCGAGGGCGAAGCGACCGCGUCCGGCGCGUCCGCUGCCUCAGCGGGGCCGCAGCUCCGUGUGCACCGCGCCACUCGCAGCAACACGCAGUACAUCAACUGCCGCGCCACGUCCAUCGUGAUCGGCGGUGGUGAGGGCGGGAGCAGCAUCUACCUUGACGACACCCUCUGCCACGGCGCGACAAGCGCGUGCGCCACGUUCGCAUCGCCGCCGCUGAGCACCUGGGUGUCGACCCCGUGCGAGGCGGCCGGGGACGGUGCCGAUGGCGAGAGCGACGUGCACAGGCGGCAGAAAAGCUUGUGCGUCUUGAAUGUGGAGGUCAUUGUGAUGGACGCGUAG